AUGGCGCGCAAGUACACAAAUGAGUUGCGAGAUUCUAUCGAUCUGCAAUUACAAUAUUCAAACCGCGUUCUAUCGCAGUUCGAAUUUGCAGGAGUCCCCCUUUAUACCAACAAUUUCGCGCGCAUUGCAUGCACUAACUACAAGCCCUCAACAGCUGGAGAGCGGUACUUUAAUCAUUCCCUUACAAACCUGCCAGUUUUUGUGGCUGUUGAUGACAGGUUACAGUUCGGUUUCAACGAGAAACAUGUCUGGCGCAACGCAGGCCUUCAUCUCUACGAAUACGAGCACAUUUUGCUUGCUUCUGCUCUGGGUGAAUGUCUACCAGAGGCGUAUGUCGCUUCGAUAUUGAGCUGUCUAGGUCGAAUGUACGAGGACAAGGAUCGUGUCAAUCCUUCAUUUUCGUCCUGGCAAAAUUUCGUUCGGUCGGUCAAUGGACUCAUCUCCACCCUUGAUUUCGCUCGUAUGAUCGAUGAUCGUAUGCAGCUCGAUCCUUAUCGUGUUACCUCUGGUCAUUCGACCUCAUGUGGUAAUUCUUUGGUCGCUCCUGAUGAUUUCGCAAAAGCUCUAAAAGCAUUGGGUGACCUCAGUCUAGCAGGGAAAGGGCAACUGACACUAGUUGGUGGCAACUUCUUGAGUUGGUUCGCUGCCUUUUCAGAGCUCUUUCUAGGCAUCGAUGUGCAGGUUUCGUCCCGAGAUGGGCAAAAUUUGUACGCAACGCAUUUUAUCAGUGGAGCAAUGUUGCAUUUGAUCUUCAUCGAUAAUGUUGAGGACUUGAAUUCGACGUUGAAGGUGCAGGAGUCUGUAACAUUGAGAUUGAUUUGUCCAGCAGAUGGCGAGGCACAAUCAUUACCCAAAUUACCGUUCACUGGGCGUGUAAUAUGGGAAGCUUUCUUACCAAAAGUUUUCGAGAACUCAUUUCAUAAGAUUGCUCACCAAGAGUCCAAAAUACUAGUCAAGUCCAUCGGCGGCGUCGCGAGGUUGUUUGAGUUACUGAUCAACGAUCCGAGCACACCGAGCGACAUGAUAUCGAAGGAGAACCGCGCAAAUCCGGCUUCAUUUGGUAUGGGCCUAAUCCAGACCUUGUGCAAUUGGUUUCCUGAGUUGAGGCAUUUACAAGGACGUUUGGAGCGCAUACAAACCCUCUCUAGCUCCGAAGUGAUGCAGAAGUGUAACGAUGGUGCUCAAGGUCUGGUUCAACUUUGUGGUUGCACUUUGUGUCAUCAUCCAUUUUACUCCGAUAAUGAUACCGGAACCCUCCCACAGAGCUUUUGCCUCCUAGCUCUUAUGGAAACAAUCGUCAACCUUGGCCUGGCCUUGUCACGAAUGACGGUUGUGACUAAGCUCUAUCCUUCUCGAGCCGGCAUGCUAUGCUUCUACCAGCGACAAUGCAAGAAAUUAUUAUCAGCCAAGACAGCGACGAUCGGUCGCCAAGAACCAUAUUCACGCAUAAAGCUGCUCUUUAUGAACGACUGGAACGUCAACGACUCGCGGAGAUUGCAGGAUGCCGCUGCUCUUUUCUCCGGAUCUUGGCCUCAGGGAGAUCUUCCGGACAAUCUCAUAGCGUUGGGUCACGAGGGUCUUUGCGUCUACGUGAUUAGUGCUCAGCGCGGAAAUCGCAAAGAGGAUGCUGGGCUAAUUCGUGUUCAACCUGGCAAUUUGUCUUGGGAUCAGAAGACCUUUACUAGAGCGUCCUUGGGCUUUCCACAUGGUGUUCCGCAAAAUGACUACAGCUGGGAAAUCGGACACCCUGAGCACUUGAGGCAAGAGCUAUACUUCAAGUGA